GUUUGUUACGUAUGCGGCGAAAAGACUUUCAUUUAUUUUCCGCUAACUUUUCCCCUCAUCAAAAAAAGUUGACCCUAUUGCUAAGGAAGAAGCAUUCCUUCGUUGCUUUCCAACAACGAUUGUUGCCAAUCUAAAGCUUCAAGGCAAAGAUGGUUUCUGGUGGUCGUCCAACUCUACGUACCUCUCCGAAAAAGAAGAACAAAUCAUUACCAAGAGUUACAACACAAUCAUCCUCCACACCAUCAAACAUCACACCAAUCGAUACGAAAAAUUUGAAGCCGCCAACUUUACGCCCAGAAGAAGAAGCUGAAAAUGAAGAAUUCAGCCAAGGUGCUAUUGCUGGUCCAUCUUCACCCACUCGAAGGAGAAGAAGACCAAGUGCUUCUCGACGAAGAUCAUCUUCCAUUACAGCAGCAGCAGCCUUAAUCUCUAGUUAUUCAACUCGAUCAGAGGAAGACAAUACCACAACGCAAACAAACGUCAAAAUCUCGAAAUCAAAAGUGAAGAGAAAGCAUUCUCAUUCAAGCAAUCAAGCUGAUGACGAUUCAGAGGAAGAUAAUGAUCAGAAUGAUGAAUUUGGAGGGGAUGCAACAGAAACAAUAUAUGGGGCUCGAAAGGCUUUGGGACGUGGAAGAGCCAGUCCAUACCAUAUGGCAUUGGUAUCAUUGCUGUUCAGCCUUGCACAAGGAAUGCCAUUAGCAAGUCAAUUCAAGGUGUAUACCCACCUCAUGUGUCGUGUGUACCAAUUGAAGGUGAAGCCUUCCAUGCAUUCUUAUCUAAUGCUACCACCGGCGCCAGAAUUACCCUCUGAUCCAGUCUGUCAAGAUGUAUGGGUGGAAGAUUCAACAUCGACAUAUGCUGCUGCUAUGGCUACGGUGGGUGCUUUGGUAAGUUUGAUUCUUCUUAACAGAUGCAGCAGGCUAUCGGAAUACUUUGGUCGGAAGCCAUUGCUUCUUGCAACGCAUAUCCUGUUAGCAAUUUCCACCAGUGUCUUUCGCAUUAGUGUUCUCUUGCCUACCUACGUUGGUGUCACCGUGCUGUAUAUUGCUGUGAUGGUGAUGGAAGCAAGCGCAGGUGCUCCUCUCAAGAUUGCUCUUCAAAACUAUGUUGUAGAUACAACAACAGAAUCGCAAAGAGCAGGUGCUCUAUCUUUUACCGACGGAUUCGGUCAACUUGGUGCUUUCCCCAGCAGUACAUUGGGAGGAUGGCUAGCAGCUUCAACGCAACAGUUUUUUGCACCCUUUUAUGCCAGUAUUGCAGUGUACGUCGCAACGACAGCAUAUAUGCUAGUAUUCGUACCCGAGAGUAAGAAAAGGCGCCAUCAUACGUUAAUCGACGAUUUCGAAAGAAUAGGAGAAGGCGAAGAGAAUGGACAAAAGGCGGAUCAAAGUGGACACGCGGACGAGACAGAUAAUGAUACAGAUGCAGAUACGGAUGGCGGUGUAGGAACUGAAUCCUACUUUAGCUCAGUUGAUGGUGCUCAUUCGACCUCCAGAUCGGCAUGGUGGCAGGAAUUGAUUUACAAGCUAAACUUCCUUGCUCCUUUGGCCGUCUUCCUACCGUACAAGCAAGCUGGUGGAUCUCGCCAGACAUCAUCUGUUGGUGGACGAGAUUGGCGUUUGUUUGUACUUGCCGUCAUCGUUGUCUUGGAAGAGUCGUUCCAAGUAUUCAUGGUUCCGGUUCUCUUGUUAUACAACACCAAAGUGUUCAAAUAUGACGUUGUUCAGAAUGGAUACUUGGUCAGUUUGUUGCAAGGAGUCCGUGCUCUAUACCUUACCGUUUGCUUCCCAUGGCUUGUCACAAAGAUUCGGACUUGGUUGCAAUCGCGGAAGAAGAUUCAAGAACGUGAUGGAGAGGAUGAGACGGACGCUUUGCUUCAGAACGCAUCGCCAAACAAGGAAAGCGAUACGGAAAGGCGAGGAAAGUUGGAUCUUGUCAUCAUGCUCUUAUCGUACAUUCUUGCAACUGCCUCACUAUCUUUAAUGGCACUCACCAGAUCGUGGUCCGAUCAAUAUGAUAAGAACAAAGAUGGAGAUGGAGCAAAAUACCCUCCAUGGGUCGGUGUGGCAAUUGCAAUUGUCGGAUUACAAAUUGGUGCAGGUGCAACAUCUCUACGCACUGCUUUGCUUGUAAACGCUGUGAGCGAACAAGAAGAUACCCGAGAAGCAUUACGUUAUCGUGAACAACAUCAAAGCACACGGCAGACUGUACGAAAGCCUUAUGGCUCCACAGAUGUUAUACAGAGACAAACAUCUUACCAAAGCACUGUCACCGUUGAAGGAAGUGUCGCCGGAACAGAGAACACAGAAGGUUCCUUCCAAGUACACCAUGAUCGCCAUCAAUCCAAAGCUUUGGCGGCUAAUCAAAUCUUGUGUACUGCUGUGUACGCUUUCGUACCUCUUUUGACCAGUCGUAUAUUUGGAAUUGGCUUGAACACUGAUCGACCGGAACUUGUUUGGAUCUUCAAAGCGGGAAUGGCAGGCUUGUCAGCAGUUGCAACUUUUGUGCUGAUGUUACUUUAUGGCAACGGAGCAACGAGGCCAUGAAAAGGAUGUGUGAUGUUUUUGUUUACUAUUUGUACUAUAUAAUCUUGUGUUCUAUGUGCAUCGCUCGCAAAUCUUAUCAAUUAAGCAUUGCGAUUCCUCUCGUAUGAAAUUAAUACAUCCAUCC